GCUAUUCUUCAAUAAAGAGAAAUUAAAAAAAAAAUCAUCAAUCCCUAUGAUUAUGGUGUUUACAAAGAGAGUGAAAAAAAAAAAGACAAAAUCUAGAUGAAACUAUUUCCAAACUCAAGAAAAAGGACAUUAUUAGACUUGGUGUUAGUUCGUUGGACUAAAGUAUUAGUGUGUGAGUGGUUCCGUCCAACCACAAUACGGUAGAUGACGUCACCGCCGGUCACAAUGCACGGCCAACAUUUUCUCUUUCGUCCCGAAUCCGAUCCUUUACCCUCCAUCCUCACCUUUCUAUCUCUAACUCAUUUCCCCCUCACUUUCACAUUCUCUCUCCACUUUCUUCCGGUCAACCAUAAUAACCACCACCCGACCCGGCCCGAUUUCAAUUCAUGGACCGGCCCGGAAAAACGACGGCGACUCGGCCCCACGCCGGUGGCCGUGAAGAUUGUUGGAGCGAGGGAGCGACCGAGACUCUAAUCGAGGCCUGGGGUGACCGUUACCUGCAGCUGAACCGCGGCAAUCUCCGUCAGAAGGACUGGAAAGAGGUCGCCGAAGCCGUCAACGGCCGGGAUAACGGACUCAAGCCGUACAAGACGGACGUCCAGUGCAAGAACCGAGUCGACACCUUGAAGAAGAAAUACAAGCUCGAGAAGUCUAAGCCUCUUCCCUCGGCUUGGGCCUUCUAUCCGCGCCUCGAUUUCCUCAUCGGUUCUACUAACAAGAAACCUACCACCGUUACCUUAACGAUCAAGUCCGCUAAGCCUACCACUUCAAGGCCUGGCCCAAAGCCCCCGGCCUAUCUCGCUAGAUCGCCGGAUAGUUCGCCGGAGAAUGAUGAUAACGUGGAGGAGGAUGACGGUGAUGGCGGAGGGUUUAACGGGACUAGAGUGGUGAUGAGGAAGCAUCGAAUGGAGGCGGUGGAUUUAUCGGAUGGGGCUGCGUGUAGGGAAUUGGCCCGGGCGAUUUUGAAAUUCGGGGAGAUUUACGAGAGGAUCGAGAGCUCGAAACAGCAGAAGAUGAUGGAGCUGGAGAAGGAGAGAAUGGAGUUUGCUAAGGAGCUCGAAUCACAGAGGCUGAACAUGUUCAUGGACGCUCAAUUAGAGCUAGAGAAGAUGAAACGAGCCAAGUACGCCCCUGGUUCCGAUAUAUGCGAACUCGACAGGAUACGAUUCCAUCUUUAAAUGGAGAAACAGAGCACAGUGUUUUUUUAUCCAAAGACUUGGAAGUACAGCUAUUCCGAUCAGCUUUAUAAAAGGCAAAGUUGGAUCAAGUAACUUGGAAUAACUCACAUUAUCCUAAUAUUUACUUCUCCCGCAGUUAUUAUUGGACAAUUUUAGGCCUUCCAUUAUUUAAAGUGGGUUGUUAUGGUUGAGUUCUCAUAGGAUAACCCCAUUUGUAAUGGUGAAGAAAAUCCAUUUUCUUCACUUCAAAUGAUGUAAUCAAACUAGUUCUGGAUAUUAUCGGCUUACAUAAAAAAGAAAAAAGCUCUGUUAUGUUA